AUGUCUCGCUUUCACUCUUCUUCUUCCACUGGCAGUGCUCCUGGGGCUGCCAGUUCCAAUUCUACAAACAUGUCGGCCCCUCGCGGUCGUGGGUAUCAAGUUCCACAAACCUCUAACUCUCUCCGUCCCCCACCCAUCCAAUCUCUCCACGUCCCAUACGUGUGUGACCAACCAAUGGAACCCUCUUUGGAUCCUUCAAACAUCCAUCCACCAUCUAACAGGCCUGGAAACCUAUCUUCUUCCACAACUUCAGCCUCUACGCAGGCCAUAAAAACCAAAAAAAAAUCUCCUUUGUCAUUGUGUUUGCUUUCUUCUUCUUCUGCAUCUUCAUCUUCAUCCUAUUAUUCAGAUUCCUGUGGAUCUUACGAGUCGAUCGAUUGGUCGGCUCUUGAGAUCAAACUUCAUCCCAUGGCCCCUAAACGCUACAAAUCCCCCACGAUGUAUUCUGACUCCACCCAGGAGGAACAUACAUCCUCUAACUUCAGCACCGGAUCCAGCGAUCAUUUCCCCAUUGGCUCACCUUGCAUCAAUGUAGGCCCUCUACUUGAUGUCAAGGCCCCUCCUCCCAGGCCCUACGUCACUGACGACACAUCGGACUCCUUGGAUUAUCCCAUUGCCAAGGCUUCUCCCAGACCCUUCUUAGAUGACCCCUUUGCCCCCCCCUCCGGACCUAGGAUCUCUACCCCUCCCCUCAAAAAAAGGUUUAUAUUCCGUGAGGCCACGCCUAGUCCAGGCACCACCCCAUCUUCCAAGGAUUCCUUCUCAGCCCACCACACUGUCUCCACUUCCUUUGGAUCUCCUUCCAUGGCCUCAGUUUCCUUGGCCCCCUCAAAUGGCCAUUCCUGUUCCUCUUCUGUCUUUGCAGAAGAUGGUUCAAACCCUCCUUCUCCUCCCCCCCAGCUACCUGUAGUACACAUGCAGCCCCGCUUGUUCAGAUUAGCCAGACCCAAAACUUUCACUCAGCUCUACCUGCAGCAGCCCCGCUGCUUCAGGCGAGCUAAACCCAAGACUUUUACCCAGCGGUGGUCAGAAAUGAUCCUUGAAGAGCAAGUCCUCGAAUCUCGAGCCCACAUCAUCACACCAGUUCGACCCUUGAGUCAAAGUCCGAUGGCAACAUCAGACUCUGGUUGUGAAAUUGUCGCUCAAUCUCCUUUGUCAGAUCCCUUCUGCUUAUCCCGAGAGCCCAGCUCAUCCCCGGACCCCAUUCUUUCCACAGAGCCCAUCCCAUCCCCGGAGCCUGUUCCCUCCCCUAGUCCCCAGGCCAUUCCCAGGAGAAACAUUGGUAGGUUCCACGAUGCACGCCCAUUUUCAUCCUCAUCCUCAUCCGAGGAUGAAUCAGACACCACCGCAGAUUACCCCUCCUCCCUAGGCGACGACCCCUUGGACACUCCGGAGCCAGAGACCAUCCCAUGGACCAUUGCCCCAGUGCAAUCCUGGAUAUUCCGGAACGCCUCGACCAUCAAAACGGUCAUCAAAUGGACUCUUGUUGCAGCCGCAAUAAUCCUUCCAAAGAUCCUUUGGAAAUGGUAA